UCGACUGUGUCCGGAUGCGCGCGCGUGCGGAGCGGAGCUGCUGUGGAGGAGGCAGGGCUGCAGGAGCGCAUGAGCAGCGCGCGGCGCGCACGAGGCUUCAGCUGCUUCUCUCGCUCCUCCUGCACACACCGCGCUGAUGCUGCUGGGAGAGCGCUGAGCACGCGAGCUUCGGAGGGCGAGAUUUCGUGAAGCACGCGCGACACUCGUACACCCAUGCUUGGGACCUGGCCGCGUCUGCCUUCGCCAAUGCAAAAGGAAAUAUGCGGCGAAGCCUCGCUCUGCUGUGCACCGGCUUCCUGGGACUGUGCCUCGCCUCCAGCUUCCCGAGCAAUAUCAACAUAGGUGGAUUGUUCCCUACCGAAUCCCACGAAUAUGAAGUGUUCCGGUUCGCGCUCUCGCACCACCAGGAUAUUCCCAAACUGGUGCCGCAGGUGGACAUGGUGAAGACGGGCAACAGCUUCUCCAUGACUUACGCCUUCUGUUCGCAGUUUGCGAAAGGCGUGUAUGCCAUCAUCGGAGUGUACGACAGGAAGACGGUGAACAUGCUGAUGUCAUUCUGCGGCGCGCUGCACGUCUGCUUCGUCACACCGAGCUUCCCCAUCGAAACAUCCAACCAGUUUGUGAUUCAGCUGCGGCCUGAGCUGCAGGAUGCCCUGGUGGGCGUUAUCGAGCACUACAAGUGGAGCAAGUUUGUCUACAUCUACAGCUCAGACUCAGGACUGACGGUUCUGCAGAAGGUUCUGGACACAGCGGCCGAGCGGAACUGGCUGGUGACCUCGGUGAACGUGGAGACCAUGACCGAAGCAUCCUUCCUCAAAGUCUUCCAGGACCUGGACAAGAGGAAGGAGGGCCAGAUCAUCAUCGAUUGUGAACUGGAGCGCCUCACCUCCAUCCUGAAGAAGAUUGUGGAACUAGGAAAGAAUGUGAAGAGCUAUCACUACAUAUUGGCAAACCUGGGGUUUCUGGACAUUGAUCUGACCGAGUUUAAGAAAGGAGAGGCCAAUGUGACAGGCUUCCAGUUAGUGAACUAUGAUGAUCCGAACGUGAGCCGGAUAGUGCAGCAGUGGAUGGACUUUGACAAUAAAGACCCAAAAGUUCCAAAGAGAGGACUGAAGUACACCGGAGCCCUCACGUACGAUGGAGUAAAAGUGAUGUCCACAGCCUUCCAAAACCUCCGCAGGCAGAGGAUUGACAUAUCUCGUCGUGGCAAUGCAGGCGAAUGCCUAGCCAACCCGCCGGCUCCCUGGGGCCAAGGCAUCGACAUUCAGAGAGCGCUACAGCAGGUGCGGAUCGAGGGCUUAACGGGACACAUCCAGUUUAACGAGAAAGGCCGACGGACCAACUACACGGUCAGCGUGAUGGAGCUCAAACCCACAGGGCCAAAGAAAGUGGGUUACUGGAACGAGGAUGAGAAGUUUGUGAGCACAGCGGCUUUCACUCCAGGCAGCAAUGAAACCUACGGAUUUCACAACCGCACAUACAUCGUCACCACGAUCCUGGAAUCUCCAUACGUGAUGCUGAAGAAGAACCAUGAGCAGCUGGUAGGAAACGAUAAGUAUGAGGGCUACUGUGUGGAGCUGGCGGCAGAGAUAGCUAAACACGUGGGAUACCAAUAUAAGCUCAAGAUCGUGUCUGAUGGCAAGUAUGGAGCAAGGGAUCCAGAAACCAAGAUGUGGAAUGGGAUGGUGGGAGAACUGGUGUAUGGAAAAGCUGAUAUUGCUGUGGCGCCGCUGACAAUCACCCUGGUAAGAGAGGAAGUCAUCGACUUCUCCAAACCUUUCAUGAGCCUGGGCAUCUCCAUCAUGAUCAAGAAGCCCACCAAGUCCAAGCCUGGCGUCUUCUCCUUCCUGGAUCCUCUGGCCUAUGAGAUCUGGAUGUGUAUAGUGUUUGCCUACAUUGGCGUGAGUGUGGUGCUCUUCCUGGUCAGCCGCUUCAGCCCAUACGAGUGGCACGCCGAGGACUAUGAGGAGAAUGCUGAGGCCAACCCCAACCAGCCUUCAUCAUCAACGGGCCAGACAGGCCAAGGUGGACAGAACCAGCCUCAGCAGAGCCCGGAGCAGACCAACGAGUUUGGUAUCUUCAACAGCCUGUGGUUUUCUCUGGGAGCUUUCAUGCAGCAAGGCUGCGAUAUCUCUCCCAGGUCCCUCUCAGGCCGCAUUGUGGGUGGCGUCUGGUGGUUCUUCACCCUCAUCAUCAUUUCCUCCUACACGGCUAACCUGGCAGCCUUCCUCACAGUGGAGAGAAUGGUGUCUCCUAUAGAGAGUGCUGAAGACCUGGCCAAGCAGACAGAGAUCGCUUAUGGCACGCUGGACGCUGGUUCCACCAAAGAGUUCUUCAGGAGGUCAAAGAUUGCUGUGUUUGAGAAGAUGUGGUCCUACAUGAAGUCAGCAGACCCCUCAGUGUUUGUAAAGACCACAGACGAAGGAGUGAUGAGGGUGAGGAAGUCGAAAGGGAAGUAUGCCUACCUGCUGGAGUCCACCAUGAAUGAGUACAUCGAACAGCGCAAACCCUGCGACACCAUGAAGGUGGGCGGAAACCUGGACUCUAAGGGUUACGGAGUCGCUACCCCAAAAGGAUCAUCACUCAGAAUCCCCAUAAACCUAGCGGUGUUGAAACACAAUGAGCAAGCCGUCUUAGACAAACUGAAAAACAAAUGGUGGUACGAUAAAGGCGAGUGUGGAAGCACCGACUCCGGACGAAAGGACAAGACAAGCGCUCUGAGCCUCAGUAACGUGGCCGGUGUUUUCUACAUCCUGAUUGGCGGUCUGGGUCUGGCCAUGCUGGUGGCGCUGGUGGAGUUCUGCUAUAAGUCCAGGACUGAGUCUCGCAGGAUGAAGGUGGCUUCUUGCAGGAUGAAGGUGGCUGUGCCUCCUCAGGCCUUUCAAUGCACAGCUUUAGAGGGCAGUUACACAGAGCUGCAGAGUUACAGCCUGUACAGUGGCCACACAGUUAAGCUUGUUACCCCAACUUUACAUCUAUUCAAAAUACACAUAUUUCUGUUGCAUUUCUAAUAUGCUAAUAUCCAGUAUUCACUGAAAACCAUCAGUGAAAAUGCUUGUUUUAUAUUCUUCUUUAAUUUAAUACAAAGUUUUUGUUACAAAUGAUAUUAUCAGCAUAACAAUCUGAGUGAACUGUAGAAUCCUUGAGGUUUGACCAUAAAUUCCAGAAUUUCUCAGUGUAAUGACUGCAUGCGUUCGAGCUGGCGUGGACUCGUGGACUAGUGGUGAUGAAAGGCUCUGAGAAUUAGAUCAAAUUCACCUGAUGUUCUCCUAACACGGGUUUCAGUGAAAAGAGAAAGACUUAAAAUACAAAAUCUGAUCUGUCAAUUGCCUUACAUGGUUAAUUUCACAAAGAUUUGUUUAAAUUUGCAUAGUGAUUUAGAAAUAGCGCAUAAUUUAAAUUAUUUCUUUUUUUACUUAUCAUAACUUCUCUUUGUUUUGAAUGUUUCUAAAUUCUGAAACAGUGUGCUGUUUAUUUGCAGAAUUAAAUGAAAACAAUCCUAGAUUUUCAAAGUCUAUUUGUCGAUGUCGUCACUGAUGCCAGUUCAUACGUGUUUGGAUCGAUGUCUCAGAGGGCUCAAAUGCAGUACAGCAAAUAAAAUGCAUAGUUCUUAUUGUUUUAGCACAGACACCCAGUGUUGCCAGUAGGAUUCUGAUACCAUCAUAUAUCUAUAAUUCACCCGUGUUUGCCUGAUCCUCCCAUGUUUUAUUCAUUCCUCUCUUGAUUAUAUGAAGGAGGGAAAGACAUUUUGUUUUCAAGGUUUGUUUUUAGGCUCGCCAGUUUUGUAUAUGACAUGCAUGCUUGUUCGAGCGCAAUACAUCCUGUUUGCACAUGCAACCUGACACAAAGGCUUAGUACAUCUGGCCCUCAGUUCUCAUGCUCCCUCACACACUUUCUCUGUCUCUCUUCUCCUUCCCCCACACUCACUCUAUGCCUCUCUUUCCAUCUCUCUCUUUCUGUGUCUGUGUCUGCUCUUAUUCUGUUUACCUCUGUUUUUUUUCUCCUCCUGUACUCUGGCUGCCCUGCAGAGCUUUGGUUAUGCACAUUAGCCUCUGUCAGAGCCACAAGUCCCCACAGACACCGCACGUCCAUGUUUUCCGCCACCACUGCAAAAAUAGUCUGUCUGUCUAGACUGACGAUUAUGCAAAAAGAAACAGGUCGUCUGCUUCCCCGUAACGUGCCACUCGAAAACAUGCUAAAUGUGGCAUCCACUCUGAAAAUCAUGCUAAACGCACCUUCUGCUUUUUCACUAAUUUGUCAGGAUCUAAACUAUAAUUACUUGAGACCUGAUUUAAGCUCUGUUUACUUUAAUUGAGCUUAAUCUACAGAUGAGUGCGGAAGCAUCUUGUAACAAAUCAAAUGCCUCCAUCCUCUUGGCAGCUCGUCGUGUGAACAUCCCAAAACACUGCUUUCACCUGCAGAUCCCUCUGUGCUUUCUCGUGAUCAAUAUCUCUAUGACAGGCAAUUACCCAAAGCAGCGCUCUUAACAGAGUUAGACAGGAAUUAUACACUGGUGUAACACCAUAAUAGAACAGAUUUAAGUGGAUUUGCUUUGUUAAUUCAAUUGACAAGAGUUACAUUUCACAGCUGUCCGUUUUUCAUAUUAGUAAAGUGAGACUGCUCCUCUCCGGGCGAGCUAAUUAGUCUACAUCAGGCGUAUAACUUAAUCCUCCCAGCACAUUGGAGUGUAGUGAAGAUUGAAGAUAUGCAAGUCAAAUGCACGCAUCGUUAGCUGGCUUCAAGUCCACUAGCUUUGAUUGUAAUAGACUGAUGCAUGGCUAAUUUAAGCAAUAAAAGAGUUCAGUUUCUCACAAAGCCCCUGGGGCCUCGCACCACUGUAGCAAACUGAGGAAAUGCUUCACACUUUUCAACAGCUGUUCAACCCCCUGACCAGUGCUGUUGUGUGGUGUCAGAUUGGUUGUGAGUGUACAAUGGAGUCAGGUAUAAAGGAGGACUUCUAAUAUGAUCUCCAAAACAAGUUCACAUCACAUAUACAGUACAUUCAUGGACUCCCUCAUUAGGUACACUUAUAUAUAGUUUUAAUUUUGCAUUUUUUUUAUUUGUUAGUAUUCUGAUGAACUCUGUCAUUAUAGGUAUUUGAGAUGGGUAGAAUAGCAUUGCCACAGCAGUAGACCGAGCUCAGCUCAGCUCCAGCUUUAUAUAAAGACAGCCAAACGCAGAAGGGAUACACUUAUAAGCUCUCAUUCAAGCAAUGAAAAAACUAAAGAUUUUUUUUCUCCAUAAUUUCGUUUUAGUAGGUUUUGCAGUUUUUAUUUUUGUUACAGUAAACCAACAUGUUUUUUCACUGCUUGUUUUUGUUUUAGUAAAGGUUUUAGUUAACUUUAGUAUAUUACUGCCAUAAUCAAAAGGUAGUGCUCCAGACAAAACAGCAAAAAUAUCAAUGUCUCCCCAAAUUCCAAGUGACAAAAUACACUGCAUACAAAGAAAACGACUGCACUGAAUGCUUAAGUCAUAUGGCUAGUUUCAGGAAAGCUUAAAGAAUGCUGUAAGUAUAAAAGAACUGAAGGGAAGACUUUUGACUGAAAUACUGAAGGGCAGGAACUGCUCUCAUCAUCCAAAUUAAAGUGCCCAAAAGUCGGUGCUUGUCUUCGAAAUGGUAGUUGUAAGCGGUUUAGUUUAAUGUAAUUAGAUUUUAUUACAGGGGAGGUGAAUUCCAGCUGUUUCUGACUUCCUUUUCAAACAGCUGAUUCAGGUUUAGGUUGUGUGCUAGAGCAGGAAAAACAUCAGACUAUGCUCGACUCAGGCCCUCUGUUCCCCCUGCUUUAUUGCAAGUAAUUUUUGUCCCAUUUUUAGUGGUCCAUUCAUCAUGAAAUGUUCACACAAUGUAAAAGGUUGCUGGCAUUUUCAAAAAGCAUAAAAAGAGCUUUUGACACCAGGGAGCAUUAUGUAUGUUCAGCCUGCCAGACGGCUGGUAUCAUGCAAUAAAGGGAUAGAUAUAGCAAAAUGAAUUGGGAGUUUAAAGCUGCUAGAUUUAUUGCAAGAGACAGCAUUGUUAAAACCUCUCCUCACUGACUACUCAAACAUCAUGUUCUCCAGCAUUUUAUGUCAAACAUGAACUCUUGCAUCACUCUGACCCAACUGCUGGAGAUCUACCAAACUGCAGAGUGUAGAGCUAAGCCUAGUUUGCCAUACUUGAUGCUUCUAAUAACCUCAGAAGCUCUUCAUUAACUGAAUGAGAUGUGUUUGGGUUGGACUAGGAAGGUGGACCUCCAUGACUAUCAGCUUGAAUCAUCUCUUUAUGUCCUUUACUAAAACCAGCAUCUUUCAAGCACUUCUGCCCUCGCAUCCAUUGCUGUGUCCUAACUUUGCCAUUGUCUUCA